UUUCCUCAGGUUUCUGCGUAAGAUAGUGAAAGCAAACAAUCAGCGAACGGAUUCGUUUAGUUUGGUAUGUUGUGCUAAAUGUUCAUUUGUUCCGAAAGCAAAGCCAGACUCAUGCAAGAUUACCUUCCCAGCACUUUCUGGCUUCUGUUGCUCGAGUUUCUUCUUCUUCAUCUCUAGGAUCUCCUUCUCCAUAUUCUACAACCAAAAAGAGUUUGGACCCUUGGAAGUUGGUUCUUGUGAAGUUGAAGAUCAGCUUCAUAAACUAGACAGCGUGCCAAAAUACAUUGAAACAAUCAUUUUUUCACCCGUCAUAGAAAUUUUUUUUCUGAGGCUAAGUAAUGAACGUGGGAAACACCCAUGUAUAGACUCAAAAACCAAAAAAAAAAAAGCACUAGAAGCUAGAGAUUACAUAAAGAUAGUAUGAUCCAUUUCUUCGAUAAAGACUAUGCUGGUGGAUCACACAGACAUCAUUUAUUUCCAAUCUUUUUCUAACACACGCCUUGUAAAACUCAUCGAGCAUUUGAUUCUGAUCAAUUUUUAUCAAAAAUAGGCUUGGAUCAAUGAUAGUUUGGACUUCCUUUACUCCUUCUUCCGCCACCAGCUGCCAGACUCGCUUUCCCGCUCUAACUUCACCUCCAGUUCUAUCGCAUGCUUUCUUCGCUGAUCUCCGUGUAAUUCCUCUAUCCACGAGGAGUAUAAGGAACCGAGUAUAUGCUUCGAUUAACAACAUUGACGUUGCUACUCCAUCUCAUCAGAAAUCACAAGAUGAUGAUGAUGAUGACUUUGUUCCAAUGCCAAUGGUCUGAAUCUUGAUAGACCAGGAUGCUGACCCUGAAGCCACCAUUGUUCAACUCAGUUUUGGAGAUCGUCUUGGGGCUCUCAUUGACACUAUGAGGGCGCUGAAAGAUUUUGGAUUGGGUGUUACAAAAGGAACCGUUUCAACUGAAGGAUCCGUUAAGCAGACCAAAUUUUCUAUAACAAAACUAGACACUGGUCGGAAAGUGGAAGAUCCUGACUCAUUGGAGCAAAUCCGAUUAACAAUCAUCAACAAUCUUUUGAAAUACCAUCCGGAAUGCAGUGAUCAACUUGCAAUGGGUGAGUCAUUUGGAAUAAAGGCCCCUCAAAAGAAGAUUGAUGUCGAUAUUGCGACUCACAUACAUGUGAAAGAAGACGGACCAAAGAGAAGCCUGCUUUGCAUAGAGACAGCAGACAGGCCAGGUCUUGUUGUGGAGAUGAUAAAAGUGAUGGCAGAUAUCAACAUAGACGUUGAAUCCGCAGAGAUAGACACCGAAGGACUAGUUGCGAAAGACAAGUUUCACGUAAGCUACCAAGGGCAAGCGCUAAACAGUUCGUUGUCACAGGUGUUGGUGAACUGUCUGCGUUACUUCCUGAGAAGGCCUGAAACUGACAUCGACAGCUAUUAAUUAGCUUUUUUGUUUGUUCCAAAACAAAAACGGCUUUUUCUCCUUUUCGAAAUCGCAUCUGCUGCGGCCUAUCAAGUCUUCCUCUUUUGAACAUUAUGUGGAAACUGGUAAUACCAUCACGUCUGCGAUAUUUUUCUGUCUGGAACUGAACCACAUUGGGAGCUAAAGAAUAAAACACGGUUUGGUUCUUAUGUCA